CUCCAACAUUCUACUGUUCCUGUGACUCCCAGGGAGCCGGAUGUGAGUGGAAGACAGAGGACCACUUGUUACUAGGCAACCAGUACCCACCUCACCCAUGUUGCCAUGGUGAUGAUGAAAGUCGGGCCGAUGGGAUUACCAGCUCCUGUUAAUUGCAUAUGAAAGCUGAAGGGGCUGUGGGGUCACCUUCUCUUCCUCCCUCCUGCCGCCCCAAGCUGUCUGAGUUGCGUGUUAUGCAGUGGGAGAGCACAUUGGCCUGGAUCUCAAGCUACCCACGUUCUAGUCCUGCCUGUGUUAUUUCCUAGAGCUGUGGCCUCGGAUCCCUCCCUGGUACCACGGCAGCUGAGUGCGCAUCAAAUCUGAAGAAAAUCUACACGGUACAGACGGUACAGAUAUUCUGGAGUGUGUACAAUAAUAUUCCUCCUGUGACUAGCCUGCCUUUGAGAUGUAGUUAUCAUUUAAUGAGAGGAGAGAGACGACCACUUUGGGAAGAGGAGAGUAAUGCAAAGGGUGGCGUAUGGAAGAUGAAAGUUCCCAAGGACAGCACGUCCACAGUUUGGAAAGAGUUGUUGUUAGCAACUAUCGGGGAACAGUUCACAGACUGUGCCGUCGCAGAUGACGAAGUAAUAGGAGUUAGUGUCAGUGUCCGGGACCGCGAAGACGUCGUCCAAGUCUGGAAUGUAAAUGCCGCUGUAGUGGGGGAAGCCACCGUUUUAGAAAAGAUCUAUGAACUCCUGCCCCACAUAUCUUUUAAAGCCGUAUUUUAUAAACCCCAUGAAGAGCAUCAUGCUUUUGAAGGUGGACGUGGAAAACACUAAUUGCACUCUGUAAAGAAUUCUUUGUCCUUUGCUGAUUGGUUUUGGAAACGGUCUUAACAGGAGGGAGAGUGAAGAGAAGACUUGCCGAAGCCCGAUGCUGGUCCAUUUAGAGUGGGUUUCUGCCCCUGCAGAUUGAGCAAUUAGGAUUCAAAGUGGCAGGUGGGGUGGAGGGAGAUUGUGUGGGUUUUUACCGUCACAUUACUUGCUUUUUUUUUUCUUUUUUUUUUGCUUUCUGAAUUCUCUAUUCUUUUCACUCCAAUUUUUUUUUUUUUUGCCCUUUUAAACUCCUCAUUCAGUCUAAUUAUUGUUUUCUAUACUCCCCUUUCAUUGAGGCACAAGAAAUUGGUUUCCCUUUAAGUAGCUCUGCUGUACCUAGUUAAUGAGAAUAUGCAUAAUCGUGACAAUACUGCUUUUGAAAACCACACUGUCCUCGGAGGAAUACUAGCUCGGGUGAAACCUGUCUUUUGAUUAUUUGUUGUGACACAUUCCUACAUACUGUGCACUGGGCAUUGUUUUUUCUGUCCCAGGGAAAAGAAAAACCUUACUUAAUCUGAUUUUUCACUGAGAGCACACACAUCUUUUAUUUUUCCUUUUUAAGAAUUUUUUUUUUUUUCCGAGAUGAAAGGAAAAUAAUAGUUGGGUUGCCAAACAUGAAAACUAUAAUCGCAGUUGAGUAUCAGGAUAUAAGUCAAACUGUAGGUCUUUGGACCCUCUGUGGAAAUAUUUUCCAACCAGAAUUUCAAUUUGGCCUUUUCAAAGGGAGGCGCUUAGAGUGGUAGCAAGGGGUUUGUCUCAAUAGGAAACCUUAUAAUUUCUGAUCUGAAGAGAAGGUGAUAUUUUAAUUGUUUGAAUUAAGCUGCUUCUAAAUUUUGGGUGUGUGUACCCACUUAGGGCUUUCCAAAUCAAUUCAGACACAUUUUGUUAAAUGAUCCCCUUUUACUCUUCGUAUUGUGUGUCGUUUCCAAUAACCAAUCAUUCUCCGGUCUGGGCAGCUUUCCCCUGCCUUUUUCAUUUAGGAGCAGAAGUUAAAUCUCAUUUCCAGGAUGAAUGUGAACAUUCACAAAGUUGAACUCUGAAUGCAAUUCUGUUCACAUUAAUUUUUAGAAUUGUUGAGAUACAUCGUAUUAUGUUACCAAAUAAAUACCGGUUUUAGUAGAAGGAAAUGACCACCCUCUGGAACACUCAGAAUGUUCUGAUUUCCCUCCCUCGACUCUGCCAAGCCUCUUGCUGCGUCUACCUGAAAAAGGCAGGGCCAUUUGGAGCCGCUUCCUCCUGCUGGCUUUUCUCUGGACUCAGGGGAGCUAGGGCAUGCUUAUACAUUUCACAGAAGGGCGGUGCAUCCAAACUUCAUUGCACCCCGGAGUUUUAAUUCCUCUUGCAGUAUUGACCAGCAGAGAGAGGUGGGGCCACUUCCAGCCCACAACCUGUGUUUGUAAAUAAAAUCCUCCAUGCAAACAUUUUAAAGGAUUUGAAACAAUAUCUUUUUACAAAAGUCCUGCCCUUCACUUGCAUCAGUAACUACAUCAACCAUAAUAACAAUGAUCAUGGCCUUUCUUUUUUUUUUUAAUGCUUUGUUUCUAAACUUGAGUUUCUCCAGUGAUUUCAAAAUGAGGUAUAAGGAUAUCAGACCCAUUUUUCAAAAGCCUGGAACUUUUAUUUUUUUAAACAUUGUACUAACAUCCAACUUGUUUUAAAAUUAUUGAUCAAGGAUUUAAAAAAAUAUUCUGGGCAUGAAUUUAAAUUCUUUUUUAUAAUAUAAGUAUUUUUCUGAUAGAGUAGAAAAAAGGAUAUAAUUGACUUAUCUUCAUUAUAAUUGUCAUAUAUAUUUCCAUAAGUAAAUGGAUGUUGAAGUAUUUUUAUUUUUGAACUUUAUUUAAAGCAUUGUGAUGACGUGUUCAAGUUUUGCAUGUAUGUAGCUUUUGAAGUAAAAAAAUAAAAGGAAUAGGAAUGUUAGGCUGCCA